GUCGUGAGGUAAAAGGGACGUCACGGAACAGAGGAGGGCGGAGUUUCCCUCCUGGAGGAAGAGCUGAAUUUGCAGAACAGCCCUGUUUGCCUUUUCCUGCCGUCAUGGCUGAGCCCAUCAAAGGCCCGCUGGCCCGGACAGUUUUGCAGCAGUGCCGUCAUGCUAGGCUGCAGGUGAAGCCUCCUGAGCAGGGCUCCGAAGCAGAAUGGGUGGAGAUCCAGCGAGGACUUAUCAUAUAUGUAUGCUUCUUCAAAGGGGCCAGUGAAGAAAUUACUUCUAAAAUGGUCAGUACACUCUUGAAUGUGAAGUUAAGUGAAACUGAAGGUGGGAAGUAUGUUUCUAUUCUGGAUUUGCCAGGAGACAUCUUAAUAAUACCUCAGGCCACACUGGGUGGUAAGUUAAAGGGAAGAGGCAUGCAAUAUCACUCCAAUAUUGAAAAGGACAUUGGGCUGGCACUCUAUUCCCAGUUUGUGGUUCAGUGUGAAAGAGAACUGGCUGCUAAUGCCAAAUGUUUUGAGGCUGGUGUUGUUCUCAGGCAUGGCACAUACGGAAACCGGCAAGUGUUGACGGUGGAUACAAAUGGACCUUUUACUCAUAUGAUUGAAUUUUGAAAUUUUUAAGGAGGACAUAUAGUCUGACAGAUACAGUACGAUUGUGCUGAUAGGCAGCAAUAUAGUUAAUUUAAUUCAAAUGUUUGAGAGAAAUGAAAAGACUUCAGUAAAUGAAUACCAGACUAAAUAAAUGUUACUGCUUUAUGAGAA